AUGGCUGGUAGGUUAAGUAUUUCAGCUGUAAACCACUUGCCACUCAAACAAUCAAAUUCCUACUGUGACUUUGGAUUCUUUGAUGUGAAGAAGCUGUCCAGUAAGGUAAGGAAAGCAUUACGACAUCAAGAAGUUUAUGAGAAUUUUCUACGUUGUUUGGUGUUGUUUAAUCAAGAAGUGAUUUCUAGAUCUGAGCUUGUACAACUGGUACAAACAUUCUUAGGGAAGUUCCCCGAGUUGUUUAAAUGGUUUAAAGAUUUCCUUGGAUAUAAGGAAUCAGGUGGCUCAGUGGAGUCAGUGCCUCAAGGGGCUACUGGCAAGGAGAGAAUCAGUGGAGAACUUGCUAUGGAAAUUGACUAUGCGACAUGUAAGAAGUAUGGAGCAAGUUACCGAGCGUUACCCAAGACGUAUGUUCAGCCAAAAUGUUCAGGUAGAACAUCACUGUGUAAAGAGGUGUUAAAUGACACAUGGGUGUCAUUCCCUUCUUGGUCAGAGGAUUCAACAUUUGUAACAUCACGGAAAACGCAGUUUGAAGAACAUAUUUAUAGAUGUGAAGAUGAGCGGUUUGAGCUUGAUGUUGUCAUAGAAACCAACUUGUCUACUAUUAGAGUGUUGGAAUCUGUACAGAAGAAGUUAACAAGGAUGGCACCUGAAGAUGCAGCUAAAUUUAAGUUAGAUAACUGUCUCGGGGGAACAUCAGAGGUUCUACAUAGAAAAGCUAUUCAAAGAAAAUAUGGUGAUAAAGCCCCCAGAUUAUUGUUGAUGGCUUUUAAAGAAAACCCAGUUUGCGGUGUUGUACCCCUAGUUCUAAGAGGUAAGUUAAAAGCUAAAGAAGAGGAAUGGCGGGAAGCUCAGAGAAAUUUCAACAGAAUUUGGCGAGAACAAAAUGAAAAAUAUUAUCUCAAGUCACUGGAUCAUCAGGGAAUAAACUUUAAACAGAAUGAUAUUAAAGCUAUACGAUCUAAGGCCUUAUUGAAUGAGAUAGAAACUAUCUAUGAUGAGCGUCAAGAGCAGCUACAGGAAGGUGGUCCUGACUUUGGUUCCCCACAUCUCAGUUUUGUGUUCAAAGAUAAAUCUAUCAUUGAAGAUGCUGCUGGACUGAUCAUACAUCACAUGAAAAGACAAACAAGUAUACAUAAAGAUGACAAACAGAGAAUUAAAGUAUUAUUGAAACAUUUUAUCCCUGAUUUAUUCUUCACUGCACGUCAGGAUCUCAGUGAUGAUGAAAUGGACAAAGAUGAUGAUGAGAUGGAAUCUGAUGAUGGUGAAGGUGUAACAGACAAAGAAAAAGAUAAUACAGAAAAAUCUGAUAAUGAAAAGUCUGACACCAGUAAAUCAUCAAAUACAGUAAAUGUGAAACAAGAGAAAAUUGACUCUGAAAAAACUGAUACACAAAGUGUAGAAGUAAAAGAAGAACAGAUGGAGGUUGAUGAAGAUGUGAAGAAAGAAGUGAAAGAAGAGAAAGAAAUAAAGGAGGAACAAGAUGAUGAAGUCGACUUGACAGAUGAUGAUUUGUAUUCACUGUUCUUUGUGAACAACAACUGGUACCUGUUCUUUCGACUACAUCAGUUAUUAUGUGAGCGUCUACACACAAUUUACUGUCAUUCCCAAAAAGUUGCCGAGGAGGAAGCUCUAUGUAGAAAGGACAGGAAAGAAUCUACAGCUGUUGCAUUGAGAUUGAAGGCUCCUAGUGAAAUAGAACCAGAUGAGUAUUUCCCAUAUUUCCUUGAUAUGAUAAAGAAUGUAUUAGACGGGAACCUGGAGAGCUCGUCAUACGAGGAUCAGCUUAGAGAAAUGUACGGCAUUCAUGCUUACAUCGCAUUUACCAUGGACAAAUUAGUACAGAAUAUUGUAAGACAGUUGCAGCAUAUUGUAUCCGACGACAACUGUGUCAAGGUAACAGACAUGUUUUAUGAAGAGAAGAAAAACAAGGCAACAGGGGGCGCUAUUGCUACGUUCCAGCAGAGACAGCUAAUGGAAAACACAUACCAGAAACGUACUGAACAGCUGUUGACCGAGGAAAACUGCUUUAAAAUUAUUGUGUUUAAGAAAGAGUGUAAGCUGACAGUGGAAUUAUUGGACACUGAUCAUGAGAAUAUAGAAGAUCCGGUGGAGGUAGAACGUUGGUCAGAGUAUGUGGAGAAGUAUGUCAACACCGGAGAAAAUGUUGAAGAGGAAUUAAAAGAUGUCUUGUCAAGAAAACCUGUGUUCUUACCAAGGAAUGUGCGUCAGUGGAGACAGAGAAACAAGGAACAAACUGACAAAGUAGAAAUUGAGACUAGUCUUAAAGAACUGACAGAAGCCAAAGAUAAAAAUAAUGGCGAGAACUCGCAGGAAAAAUCUGAUGAAGAGAAAAACACUGAAGAGGAUGAUAAAGAAGAUGGCGAGAAAAUGGACACAGAUUCUAGUGAAAAUACAAACAAUAAUAAUGCUAGAGAUGGUGUAAAGGAAGAAAGUGGUGUUAAGCAGUCAGAUGACGUUAUAGACGAUACUGACUGUAAAUUUAACGUCAACUCAUUCAAACUGGUGUAUGUUGUGAACAGUGAGAGUUAUCUUUAUAAAAGAAUGGCAUUACAACGUGCAAGAGAGUCUCAUCAGAAAGUUUCCUUGAAGCUUCACAACAAAUUCAGUUCAUGGGUUGAGAAAUGGAGAAAAGGAAACGUAACAAAGGAGAUGGAGGCAAAGUGUAACAAGUGGUUAAUGGGGGAGACUGAUGACAACAGGCCGUGUGAAACGUCGAAAAAAGAAAUUGACAACCCGGAUAAAUCUCCAUACUAUAAAUAUUACAAAUAUAAGGUCCAGUUCUAUAAGGAAAGUCCAGACCAAGACCAGGACUGAAUCAUGUUAAAACUGGUUGUUUUCGUAAACACAGAAAAAUAAAAAUAUGGAUUGAUAAUAAUUUGGUUAUAGGGUGGAAACGUGUGUGAAUAAAUGGUUUUUGUGAAUAUCUAUGAGAGCUUCACAUUGAAUUGGAUGGCAAUGCAAUAUAAAAGUUAGGGAGAAAGGACAGGUUGAGAAAGAAGACAGAAUGGGUCACAUAAGGGCAGAAUUUAGUUGCCUGUUUCCCCUGAUUUAAUUAAUUGGUCAAAGAAGGAGCAAGCUACAAUGUCCAAAUUUAAUAAAUGAACCCAAAGAUAUGUUUGUGAAAUGACAUUGGUAAAAUUAGGCACAACCCAAGUUGUAUGAUCAGGACCUGAUUUUAGAAUAAAGUAUUCUAUUAGAUUAAGUCUGUGAGACUGUAGAUGUAGUUUGAGUUGUGGCUGUACUAAUUUUGAAAAGUGUGCCUGUAUAUUGAAUAUAUUUAAAAUUUUGUUGUUGAAAUAUUUGAUAUUGAUAAUGUGUUCCUAUUUCUGACAUUGGACAGUGUAGUGUAUUUGUUUUAAGUGAAUCUGUAAAUACAAUUUGACUCAUCUGUCAUGCAUUUUAUUAGUGGGGUU